AUAGCUUCUGAGAGGGAUGCACUACUCUCGACCAUCGAGGAGUCCCAUCAGCAUCGCUCCUCUCCAAAUCCCCUCGCCUUAAACAUCUCAUCAAUUCUUUUGAUAAACCCUCCUAAAACCCUCGAAAGCUACAAUUUGGAACUAUGCCAAUUACCAGGCAAUGAAGAGAGCGUUCAAAAUCUCGGAUGCAGCCCAAGCAGAGCUGCUUUGCCGGCACAGAUCCCCUACUGUCUCCCUUACUUUGGCCACUUUCCCCUUCGGCCUCAUCAAUUCCCCAGUUUGCAGACUUGCCCGCUUGCAGACUCACACUUCGGCGCCCCUCAAUUUGUUCCCUUCCAUUAUUCCGCUUUUUUCCGACAAGCUCUCUCAAGUUGAAACCAAAGCCAGGCAGGAUUUGAACGAAAAGGUGUCUCUUUUGCGGGAUGAAUUGGUUCAACAUGUUGGGGAUUUUGAUAAGGUUACUGGGCUUUUGGAGGAGAAGGGUGACUCGUUGUUUAGGAGGUAUUUCGAUGGAUCCGCUUUUAUUGAACUCCUGAAGCAGUUGAUGUCUUGGCGUCACUUAGCCAUAGAGGUCUUAAGUUGGAGAAGAAAACAAGCUGAGAGGAGCAAUCCGAUGAAACCAGAGGAGUAUGCCAAGUGUAUUGCAGUUGCUGGUAGAGCUAAGAAUAUUGAUCUUGCAGUUGAGCUGUUUGCUGAGGCUAGUAGCAAGCGUGCUAAGAAAACUUGUACAUAUAACGCAUUGAUGGGUGCCUACAUGUACAAUGGUCAUACUGAUAAAUGUCAGUCAUUGUUCCGUGACUUGAAAAAGGAAGUAGAUUUUGGUCCUUCAGUUGUAACAUAUAACAUUCUUAUAUCAGUCUAUGGUCGGUCAUUACUGAUUGAUCACAUGGAGGCAACAUUCGAGGAGUUAAAGUGCUUAAAUAUCUUGCCAAACUUGAUCACGUACAAUAAUUUAAUUGCUGGUUACGUCACUGCUUGGAUGUGGGAUAGUAUGGAAAAUACUUUUCAGAUGAUGAAGGAAGGUCCUGUUAAGCCUGAUCUUAAUACCUACUUGCUAAUGCUACGAGGCUAUGCACAUUCUGGGAAUUUAGAAAAGAUGGAAAAGACAUAUGAAUUGGUAAAAGAUCAUGUAAACAUCAAUGAAAGGCCAUUGAUCAGGGCCAUGAUUUGUGCAUAUUGUAAAAGUUCAAUCAAAGAAAGAAUCAAAAAGAUUGAGGCACUAUUGAAGCUUAUUCCGGUGGAGGAAUAUAGACCUUGGUUGAAUAUAUUGUUGAUUGGGGUUUAUUCAAAGAAUGAUCUUUUAGAGGAAAUGGAGAACUUUAUCAAUGAGGCAUUCCAGCGACAAACCACUGUAACAACCAUCAGAGUGAUGCGGAGCAUUAUUACAUGCUAUUUUAGAUGCAAUGCAGUUGACAGGCUUGCAGCCUUUGUAAAACGCGCUGAAUAUGCAGGAUGGAAAAUCUGUCGCUCUCUAUAUCAUUGUAAAAUGGUUAUGUAUGCAUCACAAAAGCGCCUAGAUGAGAUGGAGAGGGUCCUUGAUGAGAUGGAGAACUUCAACUUGGACCGCACAAAAAAGACAUUUGUGAUAUUGUACAAUGCCUAUUUAAACUGUGGUCAAAGGGAUAAGGUUGAGCAAGUAAUAGCUUUGAUGUACAAGCAUGGACAUGGGAUUCCUCUAGGUGCAUCUCCAUCAUAAUAACCUGCUAACAUGGUCGCAUACCAUGCAUCGCAAACUGCAGAAGGCAUUCAGCUGAUUGUGUGAAUGGUUCAUCAAAACUUAAUAUUGGAUUGAAAUUUCCAGUAAUUCAUAGCUCACUUCCUUUUACUGGAAAAUGAAGGAGAGAGCGCAUGCAGAAAGAUCUCCUUUCUUGGCACUGAUGCACCCUCAGAUAUGGUUUUAAUAAGAAAACUUGGUGUUUUGUGUGAUGGACAAUGACUGCGAGACUGCUGAAUGCUCACGGAAACUGAAAUGAAAUUCAGCAAGAAGUGGCAGGGUGGUGUGUUUUUUUGUCAUGAUUCCUGCCUAGCGUCCUGUAUCCUGCCUAGAUUGACUAAAUUAUGUUAAUACUACAAAAGCUGAGAAUAGGGUGAACUUUUGCCUUUGGUUCUGGCUGCCGUACAUUAAGGUUAACCUUGUAAGAGAUACUAUUGUUUGCUCAUCAUCACGCUCAAACAAAAUCCUAGCUGGUGGGCUGAAUUUAUCCAUUGAGUUGAGUUUUGUAGUUUACAACUGAAUAAAUCAACAAUUUUAGUUUUUUCAAUUGCUGAAGUUGUCAUGUAGAAUAUUAUCCGAUAUUCUGGAACCUUGUAUUUUACCAAUUUAGACACGUUUUUUCUCUUUUUU